UGUAACACAAUGUAAAAUUCGGUGCUUUCCAACUAUGCGCAGCUAAAAUGCUGUGCAUGGCGUGGCCAGGCAAGGUCAAGGUGUCGAUGAAUAAGAAUUAUUUUAAAACGCUAAAUAAUGAAAGUGUACACAUAUUGUCAGAGUUUUUGACUGACAAACUAUCUGAAAGCUUGCGAGAGUAAAGGUAUCGGCAUCGAUGAAUGACCUUGGAAAUAUUUUAAAACGCAAUAUAAUGAAAGGGUACUCAUAAUAUUGUCAGAGUUUUAAAUUGACAAAUUAUCUGAAAGUCUGUGAGAGAGAAAGUAUGGGUAUUGUUGAUCUAAGAAUGCCUUGCCUUGCCACGCCAAGCACAGCAUUUUAGCUGCACAUAGUUGGAAAGCACCGAAUUUUACAUUGUGUUACACAGCGUAGCAUUGCACUGUGUUGAAAACCACCUCCAUGUACUGGCAGCUCAUUUUGAUUUCACAUCUUUUUCUACUUUCUUGUAGUUUUUUAUGGGGAUCUUCUAUUCUAUUCUAUUCUAUUUUUCAAUAAUAACUCCUUGAGUCCUCCACUUUUUCAUGUACUUGGCGUAAUUUUGUUACUUUUUUGAAGUUUUUAAUGAGUUAUUAACUAACCUACAAUGUAUACAAUGCAAUUUUUUAUAAUUAUAUUUUCCCUCUUGGAUGUUCAUAAACUUUUAUCCCUUUCGCCUCGAUCGUUAUAAGAAAAAAAAACGUGAAGUAAUAAACUGGAAAUUAAGUUUAUUAGACUCCAUAACAAGUACAGCCAACAGUGCAGAUUGUCCAGGAGUAUGUGUCCACGCGUUUGCAACAUUAAUAUGUUACGAAGUUCUCGAGCAUGUACAAUGCCCUACCAGCAUGAGAUGUUGCAUCGAAGCACCUAUAAAUGGUACCUCAACGUCUUCUGAAAACGUUCUCGAUGACGAUAGUCAGACACCAACUAUAAUUACCACCGUGAAGACGUCGACGAUGGGACCUGUAAACACGACCACAUCCUCAACGAUUACACCACCUACGACUGCUUCGUCAAUUGCUACAAAGACUACCUCUAGUAAUCAGAUGGAAACAACCGACAAGAAUUCGACAAAAACCUGUUCAGGGAUUUGCAUGGCUGAGAGAAUUGCCGAUUACUGUGAUGCUGUUCUGGUGAUAGACUCUCUGUGCAAGCCAGGAUAUAAGUGUUGCGUAUCUAGGGAUGCGUUUGGAGAUACUCCUCCGCCAGAAUUGUUAGUAAUUGACAGAACAAAUUCAAGUCGCGUGGAUGAGAAAACUGGUGUCAGUACAUUGUAUAAAGGUCCUCUAUCUCCUACAACUGCGAGGCCAAAUUCGUCCAUCUCUACGAGCAUGGUUACGACUACACCAGCUACAACUGGUACAAUGGCAAAACAACCAACGACCACGACGCGACCAAAGAUUACAGUCAAGAAACCAUGCAAAGGCGAAUGCGUUAGUGGAUUCUUUGCGCUUCUUUGUGACAAGGUGGAUGGAGAAGCUGAAUGUCCUGAUGAUGGAUCGUGUUGUAUCAUCGAUGCUUUUUUGAAAACGGAAACGACAACAGUUCGACCGACUACGAAAUCGCCACAGCCAACAUUACAACCAUGUCCUGGAUUUUGUUUGUUAACCAUUAUGGCAGCCUUUUGUGAACGGCCAAACCUGAUAAUACCAAAAACAACAACCUGUCAAUCUGGAUCCAUCUGUUGUGACAACACGAAAAGUUCACCGCAGAGAGUAAGCGUAGUGACACCAUCUUCUUCGUAUCAGACUCCAAGGCCAAGACCAAAGUCCACACCAAGGCCAUCGAUUACCACGGUUUCUUUACCACCAGAUCCUCGCCCAGAGUGUCCUGGUUCCUGCAUCGUUUCUUACUUAUCUUUCACUUGUUUCAGAAAUGCUGAACUGACGAAUUUGUUCAAAUGCAAGAAACAAGGACAUCAGUGUUGUGCACCAAAAUCAUUGAUCCGAGAAUUUAGCGGUGGAAAUUCGAGCGAGCCAAUUUUAAGUAACAGAAAUGAUACUAUGUAUGUCACAUCGAGACCGUACACAACGCCACUCACAACAACAAUAUAUGAAAUAACUACAAUGACAACAACCAUGAGAAGUCCUGUGUACAGUAAGUAUGUAUGUGGCGUAAAAGGAACUUCUCGUGGACCAAUUCAAACUCGUAGCUUGGACAGAGGAGCACGCGUUGUUGGCGGAGAAGAUGCAGAUGCGAACGAAUGGUGUUGGCAAGUUGCUUUAAUUAAUUCCCUCAACCAAUAUCUUUGUGGAGGUGCACUCAUCGGAACACAAUGGGUUCUUACAGCAGCACACUGCGUUACAAAUAUCGUGAGGUCUGGAGAUGCGAUUUACGUGAGGGUUGGCGAUCAUGACUUAACUAGAAAAUAUGGAAGUCCUGGUGCUCAGACUUUACGAGUGGCAACAACUUAUAUUCACCACAAUCAUAACAGCCAAACUUUAGAUAACGAUAUCGCACUAUUAAAGCUUCAUGGUCAAGCAGAGCUUAAAGACGGUGUUUGUCUUGUAUGUUUACCUGCACGAGGAGUUAGUCAUACAGCUGGCAAACGAUGUACUGUUACCGGUUACGGAUAUAUGGGAGAAGCUGGUCCAAUCCCUCUCAGAGUACGCGAAGCUGAAAUACCAAUCGUGAGCGAUGCUGAAUGUAUAAGAAAAGUGAAUGCUGUGACCGAAAAGAUCUUCAUUUUACCAGCAAGUAGUUUUUGCGCUGGUGGCGAACAAGGCAACGAUGCAUGCCAGGGUGACGGAGGAGGUCCUCUAGUAUGUCAAGAUGAUGGAUUCUACGAAUUGGCUGGCCUUGUUUCAUGGGGAUUUGGUUGCGGAAGACUGGAUGUUCCUGGCGUUUACGUCAAAGUUUCGGCGUUUAUUGGUUGGAUUAACCAAAUCAUUUCCGUUAAUAAUCUUUAGCUUUUUGUAUUCUAUUUAUAAAAAUUAAAAUACUUAUUGAUUAAGAGAACGUAUAGUACCUUAACGCGCUUGAUGAUGUAACAUCUUAUGUUACGUAUCUAGCAAAGAUUCCAAAAGGAAGUUUCUUUUGAUGUACGAUAAAUAAGAACUAAAUUCGCGCAAAAUUCGAAUUUUAUAAUGUUACAAUAUUUGUGACAUAUUUAACAUAAAUCAAGUUUUUACAAGGUAAAUAAAAUUUUGUUAUAUUAACAUAAUUUUACGUAGUAAGACAGUAAACUUCCAUUUGUUACAUUUUUUAAAUGCAUAUAAUUUCAAAUUUAAUCAUUUAAGGAUUACUUUCGUCAAAAAGGAAUAAUCAUUUGUAGCUCAAAACAAUGUUAACAUUAUUGAAAUUCUCGGAGAGAACUUAAGUUAGAGGCUUUCAAAGUACGAAAAGCAUACCAAAACUAAAAACGAUUAUUUAAUUUGUAAAUACCACGAUGAAAAGAAAUAAGUUUAGCGUUUUUCGGUUAUAUAAAUGUUUUCUUAUUUAUUAUGAUACAGUCGAAAGAUUAUUGUAGUUUAAACAAUUUUACAAUAUUUCUGAGAAAUUAAAUAUUGGUGAGAUAUAUUAAGAUUAAUUAAUGAUUUUUCUUCUAGUAAUCGUGCCAUCAAGUGCGUCAAUAAUAGGUGACAAUGGUAUUUUUUUACGCAACAUAUGGUUUUGAUUAAGUAGCCAACUAUUAUUAUUUAAUAGUAGGGACAGAUAUGCAUAUUAUUUAUUUAUAUAAAAUCGCUACUUGCAAGAGCCAAUUUCAUAGAAACGACAUGAUGUCAAAAAGUGUCAAGUAGCAAUGAUAAUGAAUUGCAAAGUUCGGAAGUUUGUUACUUACUAGUGAGCAGAAACAUCAAUUUCUAUUUUAAUUUUGUAUUUGAAUGGGAGCGAAUGCGUGUAUCUUUCCUAAUAUCACGUUGACAAUGAAUACUCUAACAUAAACGUUGGUUUGGGUAUCAGUAGAUCGUAAUCAGUAGAUUAGAGAAAAGAUACUUGCUUCAAGUUUUAAUUUUUAUUAAGCUUCUGGUAAAAAAUUUACAAGAUUUUUUUGAAAAAGGUUA